AUGGCUGAGCGUAUAGUUAAAUAUUGGAGCGACAAAAACGAACAAGCGUACGCGGAUUGGUUCAAAAGCCAGUAUUUGGGCGCUCUAUGGGUCCCGUUCCCAGCGAAAUGGUUGAACACGCACGAAUUCUGGCUGUUCGGUCACGAUAUCGCUGUGAUUCAGAUAAGCCGCACCCCGGCAGCUUCGGUCGUCGAUGCGUCUGUGCCACUGGACGUGGCGCCCACUCCAUUGCUGCUCACCCGUAGCGAGUUCGCUGUCGUAGAGCUGCAGCCAGUGGACUCUGCGCUAUCAAACCAAUUGUUCAGCUAUAAGCUGGAUCCCAAUGGAUUGCUUAUCACUGUGACGGCGGACGAUCACUGGUACCUACGCUGGGAGCGCCUUAUAGAAAUGGAAAUCAAAAGCACGUGCGAGUGGUAUAUUCGAGGUUGCCGCUCUCCAGACUGGCCGUUUUGCCACUUUACAGUGCUAAACGCUAAGCGAUGA